AUGAACGGCAGUAUGAGCGACAGUAUGAGCGACUCUACCGCCGGUGACGGCAUCUUGUGCUCGAUGUCGGACCAAAAGGGGAUAAAUAUCAUCAGUAAAGAUAUCGACGGCGGUAUAGUGCUGGAGAUCUUAACAUUAGAUCUCAACUACCGUGGCUUCAAGUCUAUCAACGCCGUCAACGCCGUCAACGCCGAUAUCACCAAAGCCGCAUUCACCGCCUUAUUUGAAGCCUUUACAAUGGACUCAAUGACACUGCCUACCGAGAUGGCUGCGCCCUUCGAUUUAGGGCCAUUCGAGACCGCGGAUGCCGCAAUUGAAGCUAUUCAGGCCCUCGCGAGAGACGAAGGCUACGCUGUAGUCAAAGUCAGAUCCUCCAAUAAGCGUAUGGGUAUUCCUCACCGCUGGGACCUCGCUUGCGCCCGUGGACCUAUCCAUCAUGUGUCUAUUGCAGCAAGGCUCCGCGAGUCAGGCACGAGGAAAGCCGGCUGCCCGUUCAAGGUCAAGAUAGUGCAAAUGACUACACUUGACGACCUGUGGCAUAUAACGGUGAUGUGCCCAGAGCACAACCACGGUCCCGAGGAUCCAAUCGCCUUCCCAGAACACCGCAAACUCACGCAGGCCCAGAUUGACGAAGUUGAGCUCUUAUCUCGCGAUGCUGCCCAAACGGCUCGAACGAUCCAUAUAUCCCUCUCCGUUCGUAACGAGGGUAUUUUGACAACGGAGAAGGAUGUAACCAAUCUUCAGACCCGGCGUCAAAUGCGUGAACUUGGGGCUCGAACGUCAACGCAGGCGUUGGUAGCAAAACUAGACGAUAUACGUAUACCGCACGCCGAGACCUAUAAUGACGAACACCUCGAGAAGAUCGUCUUCCUGCUAGACGAAGGCUUCGAGUUCUGGACCCGGCAUUCGCAUUUAAUGAUGCUCGAUGUGACCUAUAAUACUAAUAGGUUCGGGCUGAAGUUACUCGAGGUAAACGGCAUUACUCUCUCGGGCUCGAUUUUCCCACUUGUGGCCUGUCUCUCGCCAGACGAGAACGGUGGUAUCUUCGAAUGGGCGCUGGGCCAGUGGAAGAUCUGGAUAACGGAAUAUGCUCUCAGCCUCGACCUCAACGACGAUGCCUUCUAUCCGCACGUUGUGAUUACCGACUUCGAUGCAGCGGAGCGUUGGGGUAUCGAUCGUGUGUUUCCGUUGGUCCAAAAGCAGCUCUGUACGUGGCAUAUCGAAAAAAACAUCAAGAAGGCGGCUCGUGAGCGUUGGGUAGGGGAAAUGGCCGCUCGUGAGGCUGAUCCGAUGAAUAUCGGUAUUCUUGUUGAUGGGGAUCGCGGCGUACGAGCACAACGAACCCCGGAUGACUUCGUGAAGGCGUGGAAAGGCCUUCGUGAUGCAGAUACAGAGGCAGAGUUUUUGGUAUUGUGGCAAGCAUUGCAGAACGACUUUUCAACGCAGCCUGUAUUCCUCAGCAAGCAGGAUCGUCACGAGCCUCACAGUCACAAGCACGCCCUCGAGCACCCCGUCAGACCCAAGCCCAACGAAACGCCGCUAUUGCACGCAUGGCUGCCCUUGAAGCUCUACAAAUGCAGCAAACAGCAGCCUCAACACCACAGGGUCAGUUCACGAUAUCUAACGACGUUACGAUACAGCAGCCAGCCCAACCGCUACAGCCGGUACGUCAACCUCACAGCUUUCGAUCGCACACAGCACAGGUAUCGCGAAAUGCCUCGUUUUUUCACGUCACAGCUAGCUACACAAGGUGUAUCUAUCCAGCAAGCAAUCCAGGAUUUACAACAAUCCUCACAGCCGCUGCCGCCGCCGCCGCCGCUGCCGCAGAUAAUAACGCCGCUGAUGACGCCGCUGAUGACGCCGCUGCUCCCACAGGAUGAUGUAUCGCGAGCCUCACAGGAUAUGGCACAAGGUUACGUUGGAUUUCCAAGGCAGCUACCGCAGGUCCCUUCUGAACAGCAAAAUGAAGUGGGAAACGUAGGGCAGAUACAGAGGCAGGCGAAGCCGCGGGUCACACGGCGCCAGGCAUCGCGCAAGCGGCCGUACGAGCAGAUAAUCCAGUUCUGA